UGGGAAAAUGGUAUGCCCCGGAAGUGACUUCACAGCCUUCUAGACUGGCUUCCGGUUCUACCGGAAGUGGCGGACGGAGGCCGGUGCAUCCCGCGACUGUAGAGAGCGAGGCGCCGCCGCCACCAUGGGCCGUGAGUUUGGGAAUCUGUCAAGGGUGCGGCAUGUGAUCAGCUACGGCUUGUCGCCCUUCGAGCAGCAGGCCUUCCCGCACUUCCUCAGCAAGGGCAUCCCCAACGUGCUGCGCCGCACUCAGGCGUCCAUCCUUCGCGCCGUGCCGCCAUUUAUAGCAUUUUAUCUUCUCUACACAUGGGGGACCCAGGAGUUUGAGAGAUCCAAGAGGAAGAAUCCAGCGGCCUAUGAGAAUGACAAAUGAGCAUCUCACCUGGAGGAUGGUUCCCUGUCUCUGAAAGACCCUUCUCUGGGAGAGGAGUCUACACUGUAGUGUCUUGAAGACACAAUAAACUUCUUAUAGGCUGCAA